AAGCAGCGCUACAGAAAUGGCGGCGGACGAUGGCAUUUCUUCGCUGCAGCUCCCCUGCGUUUUUUCACCCAAAUCACGACAGUACUUAGCCGUGUGUGCCCAGGAUGGCAGACUUCGCAUCUGGAACACGGACAGUAAAACACUUCAUCAAGAAUAUGUGCCUUCAGCUCAUCUGAGUGCCACUUGUACGUGUUUAUCCUGGGGACCAUGCCGAACUGCGAAGGAGGGACCUCAGAGGAAGAAGAGGAAAUCAGAGGCAGCACAGGUGGAGAAGGUUGACCUGUUGGCAAUGGGCACAGCAGCUGGUACUGUCCUCAUCUACAGUACAGUGAAAGGAGCUCUCCACUGUACCCUGGAUGGAGGCCAUAGUGGAGGAGUGAACUGUGUCCAUUGGCAUCCUGAAGACAGCUUAUUAUACAGCGGUUCAGAUGAUACGAACAUUGUAGAGUGGGACCUGCAGACAGGCAAGACUCGGAGUAAAUGGAAAGCGGAUCGUUCAGCUGUGACCAGUCUGUGUGUGAGUCCUGAUGGUAAACUGCUGCUUUCAGCUGGAAAGAUAAUCAAGAUGUGGGACUUGGACACCAAAGAGGUUUACAGGAAAUUCACAGGCCAUUCAACGGCUGUGACAACCCUCUGCUUCGCCACCACACGACCUCCUGACGGCAACGGCCUCUAUUUCGUCUCUGGAGCUGCACACGACCGACUCCUCAGCGUUUGGCAAGUACGAGAAGAUGGAAAAGACAAAAACUCAGUGGUUUCCUUCACGCUGACCGACGAGCCACAAAACUUCGACCUUGUCAAAUCCAGCAGCAAAGAAGAGGCAGUCAGGCUGGCAGUGGUGUGUAAAGAUGGACAGUUACAUCUAUUCGAGCACUUUUUAAAUGGGCCGUUUAAGAAGCCUUUGUCACCUUCGUGUACGGUGCAGAUGUCCGACACAAGGGAAUCCCCGAUGCAGAUCCCACUGCUGGCAGCAGCACUCGAAGUCGAUCCGCGCUCUGUGGUGCUGGCAUAUGGCAGCCAUCUACAGCCGGUGAUGGAGAGAGUGGAAAUCAACACGGCAGAGAGACACAUUUGCUUGACCCGAGACAUAAAGGCCAACUUGUCCAUCUCGAUGGAGACCACCGUCUCCAAGGUGAAAACUCCAAUCGUCAAUGCCAAAAGCAAAGUGUUGGUUCCAGGACUUCCUGGGCAUCAAGCUCCUCUCAAGGUGGGCUCACAAGGAACGGAAAAGAGGAAAAAAGACGCAGACACCAAAGAGAUGUCAAUAGCCGAGCGACUUCGUGAAAUAGAUCUGUCUGUUGUCUCCAGUCAGAAAGGAGCUGCUAAAGUCGAGGCCUCGUUACAAACAGACAACUUUGCAGUUCUACUGGUGCAGGGCCUGGAGAGUAACGACGCUGCCACUCUAAAUAAAGUUUUACAGACUAACAAAGCAUCAUUAAUAAAAACGACGGUUUCUCGAUUGCCACUCUCUGCUGUUCUGCCGUUCGUUGAAGAGCUCACGAAGAGGCUCCAAGGGCAUCCUACAAUGGCAAUUCAAAUGUUGCGGUGGCUCAAGGCUGUCCUCGUGCAUCACACAUCAUACCUGGCAUCGCUGCCCGACCUGAAUACCCAGCUGGGAGUCCUUUAUCACAUGAUCGAGAGCCGAGUGAAAAUGUUCCACAAACUGACAAAGCUGCACGGGAAACUCAAUCUCCUAAUGACACAGGUGGCGACAAAUGACAGCAGCAACAGGCUCACUGAUGUUGACCACACAGCUAAACUGGUGUAUGAAGAGGAAUCAUCUGACGAAGAUGAGGCCUCUGGUGAUGAAGCUCUUCCUGAUGAAGAAUCUGAUCACUGGGAAGAGGACGAGGCGAUGGAUGAAGACGAGGAGGAUAAAGACGAUGAAGAUUCCGACAGCAGAACGGAACCCAAAGCAAACGGAGAUGAAGACAUGGAACAUGAAAACGAGAGCGAAGAAGAAUAAGAUCAAAACAACGUCAAUUAUACAUAUAAUGGACCUGAGAGAGUUAUAUAUACUUUCAUUUUAUUUUCAGACUUUUGAUUUUAUCAGCUUUUACAAAAUCAAGGGACACAUUUAAAGCAAAGCCAGAAGGGGUCCCCCGCCCUCUUCAAGAUGUCAAACGUGGUCUUAUCUGAGCAACAUCCUGCAAAAAAAAAAAAAUCAUUGCAACUUUUCAGUCUUCUGUGCCAUCCCAGCUCCACGCCCCUACACGUCUGCCUAAAAACACGAAAACUGCUGUGUGUUCCGUUCAGCCACACUUUUUCUGCAUUCCAAAUUGAAAUAACUUCCAGAUUAAUGUUACCGACUGAUUGGUUUAUUCUAAUUUAACAACGUGGGCCGUCUGGAUGCAGGCUCAGUACUGGAGCGGUGCUGGGAUGGAGACUUGAACCCCGGGUGUUUGUUUUCCAGAAGACCAGAUGUCUGCCCACUUCGUGUAAAUCUGUAUGUACAGUGAAGCGUUUGUAUGAGCUCUUCCCUCUACAGAAAGCUUUGGGAUUAAAAGAACUCCUGUAAAGUCA